AUGCGAGUGGAUGAAACUUGCGGUAAGGGUGCAGACCAUAUAAUGAGUGAACCUUGGCAGACAACUGUAUUUGGGCCAUAUUUUGUCCCGCUGGAACACAAUGUAGUAGACUGCGAACGCGUUAAAGGGGUGUUGCAGAGUGUGUAUUCCAGCGAUGUCGUGUGGCUGACGGCGAUUCAUAUCCCUGCAUUCAAGCUGGAAUUGGGGCGUCUGUGGCUUGUCAAGGCGAAUGUCCCCGAGAGAAUGCAGUCUGAAAAUGAGGCGUGGAUGGGCCACCGGGCCCUGUGCUUUGAUUCCGCAGGAUUCCGCUUUGUUUUGGGGAAGCUGUGGAAGAGUGUUGGGGGUGGCGAGCACGUGUUACAUUUCCCGUAUUUAAUCUUCCCAUCUUGGGACUGGCGUAAUACACGGACGUGA